AUGUGUACGGCUGCAAAAUGGGGCUUUUGGAGGAAUGAGAACUGGGGUGGUUGGAAAUGGGCUUUGGUGAUGUUUACGGGACUAAUGUUGCUUCACAGCAUGGCAAUUUUGUUGUUUACAAGAGGUUUUCUUCUCACGCGCACGGAGCUUUCGCAAUACAGCGAGUGCAAUGACAUUGCUGAGUCGCCCUGUAUCCCUCCACAUCAUCAAAGUACUAAUGGAAGUUGUUGGACAAAACCUGCCGUUAGUCGUCUUAUCAUAAUUGUUCUUGAUGCUCUCAGGUAUGAUUUUGUUGCUCCAAGCUCAUUUUUUGCAGAGAAGAAACCUUGGAUGGAUAAGUUGCAAGUUCUACACGAGCUAGCUAGUCGGAACCAAUCAUCAACCAAAAUUUUUAAAGCUAUAGCAGACCCCCCUACAACCAGUUUGCAGCGUUUGAAGGGUUUGACUACUGGUGGACUUCCCACAUUUGUUGAUGUAGGAAAUAGUUUUGGUGCUCCUGCGAUUGUGGAAGAUAACUUGAUACAUCAGUUGGUUCAAGACGGAAAGCGUGUGGUAAUGAUGGGGGAUGACACAUGGGCACAACUUUUUCCACAUCAUUUUGAUUUCCAAGGUGGUGUAUUUAAAAUUGCAUUUAUUUUGCAGCUUGAUUUUGCUGCCACUGUAUCUGCUCUGCUUGGCAUUCCCUUUCCUUUUGGAAGUAUUGGCCGUGUUAAUGCUGAGCUCUUUUCGUUAGCUGAGGGUACAUGGAACCAGGAAAAGUCAACCCAUGGUGAAGAUCAAAGUCCAUCAGAAGGUAACAAUUGGAUGCAGAACUAUGUCAAUGUCCUCUGUAUUAAUUCUUGGCAGGUGAAGAAAUAUAUUGAUGUCUAUUCAUCCUUGUCAUUGAUUGGAUUUUCGGAGAAAGACUUGCUGCAUGUAUCCAAGCUAUAUUCCAAGGCGCAUGAGCUUUGGUCAAUCACUUCAAAGAAUUUUUCAGAUGGAAGUGAGAGGGAAUUUGCAUCGUCACCUUUUCUGAAACGACAACGUGAAGCAUAUAAUACGUUUUUGGAAAGUGUUGCUGCUCUAGCACGAUCCAGUUGGACUGAGUUUAAUUUGAAGAUGAUGGGAAUAGGCUUUUGCAUCAUGUUGAGUUCACUUUAUCUGCAUAUAUUUCUUAUUUGGCGACUGGACAAGCUUGGUGCACUUCAAUCUAGCUUGCCCAGCAAUUCUAGAAUUUCCUUUGGGUUGAUGUUUGCUUGUAUUGUAGUGAUGAUACGCGCUUGGAGUUUCCUUUCAAACAGUUUUAUCCUGGAAGAAGGACGUGUGGCUAGUUUUCUUUUGGCAACAACUGCAUUACUUCAACUACGUUUUGCAGUAAUUAAAAAAAUGAUGGUACUUGAGGCAUUUGUGCUCUGCCUUUUGGUCUCUUUGCUCAGAAUCAGUAUCGAACUCGGUCAAUUGAAACAAGCUGUGAACUCAUUGUUCUUGAAGAUUGACCCUUCAAGGACUUUAGGCAUUGUCGAUGAUUCUCGUUUUUGGGUAUAUAUUGCUGAGGUCGUGCCAAUAUUAGCUCUUGUUCUUGUUGCAUAUUUUAUGUACAAGUACAUCACCUCUUGUCCAACUCGAGGAGUUUUGAAGUAUGUUGUCUUUGGAAGCGUGUUUAAUUACGUGCUCAUACCCUUACACUGGGCUUCUGAUAGCUGUCUAGUGGGGGAGCAGAUGUUGUUUAGGGGUGUGAAUGCUAAUCUAAUACCUCGAGUGGCCUAUGCUGUUGGGCUUCUACAGCUCUUGUUGCUGACCAUAAAUCAAAUGAUCGUAAGGGUGAGACGUUCAGCUUUGGAAGAAAGUACAGUUCCUAAAGCUUUGGCUUUGUUAUCCACAUGGAGUUCAACAAUCGUUAUUCUGGCUGGAAAACAAGGUCCCUUGGUUGCAUUAGCAUUAGUCAUUGGAGGCUGGAGCAUAAUUAGGUUGAUGAAACUAGAGCAAAAUGCCAAGAAUGACUGUUUUGGAUCUUCUCACUCUUACGCACUUCCCGUAACCCAAUGGAGCCUUCUGGCUGUAUGCAUGUUUUUCUCUACCGGUCACUGGUGCGCUUUUGAUGGCCUCAGAUACGCAGCUGCAUUUGUUGGGUUUGAUGAAUUCAACCUUAUCCGUCAAGCAAUCCUUCUUACCAUCGACACAUUUGGCUUUUCUCACAUCCUCCCUAUAUUUGGUCUUCCAUUUCUCGUUUCAUGCUUUGGUCCUCCGAGGCAAAAUAAACGAGAAUUCUCUGUCAGAUUAUGCCAGGUAUAUCUGAUGUAUGGUCUUAUUACAGCCAUAACAGUCACAGUCACUAUGCUAUGUGUUACAAUACAAAGGCGGCAUUUGAUGGUGUGGGGAUUAUUUGCUCCAAAAUUUGUCUUUGAUGCUGUGGGUCUAGUUCUGGGUGACUUUUUGAUACUUUUGUCUAAGAUGAAGCUUGACGUGGACGCCCUGCGCUACCUGUCCAAAGAUGACUUCAGAGUUCUCACUGUUGUCGAGAUGGGCAUGCGAAAUCAUGAAAUUGUGCCGUCGGAGUUGAUAGAUCGAAUUGCGUCUCUCAAGCUUACAUACAUGGGCUAUGACUUUCUUGCGAUAACGACAUUGGUAAAUCGAGGGGUGUUUGCUGCCGUUGGUCGUCAAAUUGGUGUUGGGAAGGAGUCUGAUAUAUUUGAAGUUGCUACAGAAGAUGGUACAGAUCUUGCCAUGAAUUUACACAGACUUGGUUGGACGUCUUUCAGAAUAGUAAAGUCGAAACGUGAUUAUUUGAGGCACCGUAGUAGCUUUAAUUGGUUGUACUUGUCACGGCUUGUUGUUCUCAAAGAGUUUGCCUUUAUGAAGGCUUUGGAUGAACAUGGUUUCCCUGUUCCACAUGCAGUGGAUUGCAAUCGGCAUUGUGUCGUCAUGUCACUUAUCGAAGGAUAUGCACUUUAA